AUUGUAUGUAUAUUGCUUGAUUGUUCUACCCCUGUUCCCACUCUCCCUACCCCCCUGUAUUCUGUGAACACCGGCACCUCUCAAGUAYCGCAUCAGWUCAGACUGAUGUCGAUGGAACAGGACACCGGGGCACUGCCACGGCGCAGCGCCAGGAUCGCAGUUCGUGCCCGCCCUGCGGUACCUCCAAGACCCAAGAGAUUCAGCAGACGGACGACUCCAGCAGCAUCAAGUACGGCAUUGACAGUACAAGACACCACCGGGGAUCUUCCCGCAUGCCCGGUCCGAGAGGCCAGCGAGCCUUUGGCUGACUAUCGUGGGCGGCUACAGGCAUUUACAGACGCCAUAGCCGCCGCCGAGACUCAGCAGGCUGCGGCAGAGGCAGAACGUCAGCGGCUGGCCAAUGAGGCGGCAGCCGAAGCUCAGCGGACAGCUGAGACUGACGAAGCGGCACGAAACAGACGGAAUGCCGCCAGCACGGAGUCCCURAUUGCUAGUGAKCAUCAGUGGACAACGGUACUCCAAGGCAUGAUCUUUGUGCCUACGGAAACGCAGGCGGAGCCGACACAGGCGGAGGCAGAGAGAAGUAACCUGGCUACUGUGAUGUUGAACGUAAUGAGGGGAGUAAUGUGGAACAACAAACUACUGCAGGCACACCUGCACGCGGAACGACAGCAAAGACAGCAGUACCAGCAAGACCUGGCCGCUGUAACGGCCGGCGUCMGCGACKCARCAAUGCAGCAGCAGCAACAGCAACAGCUGAUGAACUCUACCAUCGCACGCAUCAACGACAUUGAGGCCAAGGCCUCAGCAGCGCCAGGCUGCACGACGGACGCGACGAAGCAAAUCAACGAACGCAUCGAUCGCGUCGUCACCAUCAUCGGCGACAUAGGUGUUUUCAACGGACCGGACACGAUCAGCAGCACGGUGGCCGCCAUCAAGAUGGACAUCACCAAGCUAUAGACGAGACCAGACGCCGCUACAAAGACGUU